GGCAGCUCCCGUGAAUCCCGCAUACUCUUCUCGUUGCAAUGGGCGAGGUCUCUGUUCAUGAGGAGUUUGCGAACUUCAAGUUGAGCGCUUGCAGAAUCUUUCAAAAUGGCUCUUGCCGCCAAUAUUAGCGCUCUGACGGACGAGCUCAUCGAAGUUGUCACGAACACCUUCUCGGAAAAGGCACUUGGACAUCUCUUCUCUGAUAACACUGUAGGGCUAUGCUAACUUAUCCCAGAAUUCAUUGCGCUUUAGGGCUCUCAAACGCCGUGUUGAAGAAACCAUCAAGUCCGGCGCUCGUGGACGCACAGACCAGUUCGCGGUAGCCGAACAUCUUGAGGGUCUCCAGGAGAAAUUCCAAGUCCUUGGUAGAGAUGAGCUGGCCGACGCUCUUCGGACCCGUCUGGAGGAGCUGGAUCAGCACCGGAGUACAUGGUUCCCGGAGAUUUUAUCUCUACUCUUGCAACUCUCAGACCGCCCCGCUCUCUUCUCGAACCUCGAUCGGAUUGAAGCGUCGAAACCUUCAGAGCCCGAAAUACAACUUACUGGGCCAGGUUCGGAGGCUUCUGAAUCCGCCUAUUGUGAUGAUGAAAACAUCUGGGAGCACAUAGACUUUGGUGCACAAACUUCAGAUGACGAUCUUUCAACUGUGUCAAGUGAAAUAUCUGUCCCAAGGAUUCUGCCCCAGAGUCCUGUAGCACCGGAAGAUGGAUAUGUUGCACCGGAAGAAGUAUUUUCUUCUGGAGAAGAUGAGAACUUGAUUACUUCUAUCACAAAAGCUCAGUUCUGGAAGACAGAGGAUAAAUCAACUCCUCGUCAAAACUGGGAAAAUUAUUCUCGUGUCAUAACAGAAGCCCAGAUCAUUAGACAAAUAAUCUUCAUGCUGCAGGGCCUUCCGACGUCUUUGUUCUGGAGGCUUGAUGAAAAAGUUGAGGUAGAUCGAAGAUACGCGCUUUCUCACUCGCCGAAUAACGCUUUGGCUUCACUUCUGCGCUUGUUUAGCUUGAUAGGAGCCAAGCUAGAUACUUUAAGGCGGUUUACACAGGCCCCACAAUCGAUUCCCUACGUGCAAACCUUCCACCGGGGAGUUGAAGACUGUCUACGCAAGUUUGACGCAUUCCUGUCAAAGAUAGAAGCGCAGCAUCUCUGCCAGAGUCCAGCAGUAUCAGUCAGCUUAUUACAACUACUAGAAGAUGUGCGGCGUGAAUCGAGACUGCUCUUGUUAUUAGCUGAUCUUGUUUCCAGUCUAAACCAGGAUGCCUCUCAGGAACCUGCCCAGUGUCUCAACUUGCUCUACGAGUUGGUUUGUAUGUGCCAAGCUACGGGAGCUGAUGGAGAGUUCCAAUAUCUCGCCAGGUUGUUUUUUACUUGCUUUGAGACAUAUACGAGAUCCAUCAGGCUUUGGAUGGAAACCGGACAGUUGGACUCCGAAGAGGGGUCGUUUUUCGUGGUCAAGAAUUGUAAAGGUGGUGAUCUAAGGACUCUCUGGCAUGACUGGUAUACGCUGGACGAAAGUUCUCUGCUUGCGGGUACUCCAAAAUUUCUCCACUCUGUUUCCCAGAAGAUCUUUACAACCGGGAAGACCGUAUUCUUCUUGCGGCAGUUGGAUGCGCUUCCGGAGAACUUGGUGUGUCUUAAGUGGAGGCCCCUGGUAUUUGAAGAUAUCUACCCUCCAGGACUGUCUACACCGUUCUAUCUUCCGUUUUCCGAGUUACUGAAGACUGCGUUCGAAAAGCUGGUUGAUACGAACUAUUCGGCAGCAUCGGAUGCUUUGCGAAACGAGCUCUGCGAGCGCUGUGGGUUCUGGGCCUCCCUCCAAGCCUUGGAAUUGAUCUAUCUUUGCCGGGAUAUGAGUGUUCUCAGUCCUUUCGACAAUAAAAUAUUCGAACUGAUCGAUCGAGGGCGAGGCGCCUGGAAUGACAGGUUUCUGUUGACGGAACUAGGUCAAAGCGCAUUCAGUACCGUUCCUUUCGUUGACCCCAGUAGGCUCAUAGUGCGGUCGCAGAAGGGAUCACAUUGGAAUUUCGAAAAUAACAGCCGAUCGGUUAAUGUCCUGCGAGCUGUUUCAAUUGAUUACACCCUUCCCUGGCCGGUAGCAAACGUCAUCACUAAAGACGCUAUUUUGACCUACCAGCGUAUUUUCACUUUCCUUAUGCAAAUUCGUCGGGCUAGGUACUUGACGGCAAAGCAACGAUUACGAAGCAGCAAUAGCCAUGCAGCUAUCAAUGGCGGGGAGAAGAAGUAUGUGCUUGGAUAUGCUCUUCGGCACAAUCUAUUGUGGUUUCUCAAUGUCCUAUACAGCCAUAUGACAGACCUAGUGAUUUCGACCACGAUGCACUCUAUGCAGCAAGCCCUGUCCGCCUCGAAAGAUAUCGACGCCAUGAUCGCCACUCAUCGGUCCCAUAUAUCGUCCUUGGAAGAGCAGCUUUUGCUUUCAGAGAACCUGACGCCGAUCUACAAGACAGUUAUCAACAUUUUAGAUCUCUGUGUUCAUUUCGCAGACAUACAAGCUACUCAUCACGGGGAGAACAAUUUUGACCAGACAGGUCGAGUUUUCGGCCGAUCAGACGGCGGCAGGAGUGCAGCCCGGCACCUCCGACAAGGCAGAUAUGGAGAGGGGCUAACAACAGAAGACGGAGGAGACUUGGGUUCUGAGUACAGUGAUAUUGACAGUGAUGUGGAUGAGGGAAACAAUACUGGUAUCUCGUUCCACGAGUCUCCCUACCUACAUCAAUUGAAAGAUCUCAAAGAUCAAUUUGAUCAGCUUGCAUCCUUUAUGGUAGCUGGCCUCAAGGGUGUCGGCCGUAUCAAUGGGCAGCAGAGCUGGGAAAUUCUAGCAGAGAAAUUAGAAUGGAGGAAGGGACGGGAAGGUGCUGUGUUGGUAUAAGUCAAUUUCUCGGGCGCUGAACAGUGCCUAUCUGGCCGGUUACUAAUUACAAAUGUGAUGGCUUUCCUUUGGCGGGUUGCGGCUUCUUGCAUUGGCGUUCUUGGUGGGCCCGUUGGAUACGCCUGGUUUAUGAGGUUGAUGACAAUCUAGUCGACUUAUUAUUGCUUUAUAUGACAUGGUAUUUGGAUGCAUCUUCAUUAGAGAGAAAUCCCAGGUUCCG